GCCAAAAUAUUAGCAUAGACGAAUAGAUAAGAUGUCUUUACCAGUGGAAAAUCCAAACCAAAAAGAUGGGACGUUUGGGAUCAGUCGUCGAAGAUCCAGAAUUGAGCAUCGCCCUACCGAAUUCCUGAAUGAAUUGAGGCCCGAGAUAGAGUCUAUCAGAGAAGAAUAUGAAUCGAAUCAUGAUAUAAAAGAGAAAAACGAAUAUUAUAUUUCUUCAAAUGAGUUGGACAAUAGUGGGGCUCCUAGUUUUGCUGAUGUAUCCAAUGACUCAAAAAUUGACAACGCAAAUAUGAUUCCUCCUAAGCGGUCUAUCGCUUUAAUUUUGGUUAAUAGUAUCAUGUCAGAUAUGUCUUUUGGCGUUGCUUUACCAACAUCUCCGUCUUAUACAGAAAAACUUGGGGGUACGGAUGCAUUCUCUGGUUUAGUGGUUGGGAUUCCGACUCUUAUUUCGUUAUUGAUGCUGUAUCCAAUGCUAAAACUUGCUACACCAAAGUCUGCAAAGGGAUAUACAUUGUAUUAUCGACCAAUGUUGGUCUCUGUCUUCGCUCAUAGCAUCGGACACUUAUUGUAUUGUAUGGCAGAUCAAGCAAAUUGGCUUUAUUUGAUCCUUAUUGGCCGUAUGAUGAAUGGUAUAGGUUUCACCAUGUUUUUAUAUCACAAAAAGUACACAACAGAUAAGUUACUUGUUGGACCCAAUCGGCGAACGUUUCUUGCUACUUUAAACAUCCUAGCUCAAACAUUGGGUUUUAUGGCAGGUCCAUUUUUGGGUGGUAUUUUAGCAAAAGGUACAAAAAAUUUGGAAAAUCGAGUUUGGAACCAAUACACUGGUGGCUCAUGGUUCAUGAUGUAUAUAUGGAUUAUUUUUGGUGUUUUUUUGGUCAUUUUUUACAAAGAAGUAUACCCGCAAGAUGAUCGUACAGUUUUGGAAAAGCCUGUUGACGUUGAGGAAAACACUGGUCCAUUGUCACUGAAACAUAUUUAUUUACUGUCUUUUUUGGGACUAGCUGCUUUCGUGUCUUAUUUUAACAUUUCUGGCUAUCAAACCAGUAUACCCAUUUACGCGAAUAAUCUCUACAAUUAUAAUGCUUAUCAAUCUGGUAAUUUUAUUUCAUUGGCAGCAUUGGUAAUUUCCCCGUUUGUCUUCUUGAGCACUUUUCUCUCUCGAUGGUUAGAAGACCGACAUAUUAUGCUAAUUGGGUUUAUGAUUGGAAUUAUAGCUCUUGUUCUACAUCUUGUUUUGGAUGCUCUCCACAGAAUACCUGUUCAAGCAUACUUUGUGUUCUUUUCAAUUAUGAUGUUUGGAUUUAGCAUAGGUUCAGCACCGCUAGUUUCAUUAGCUUCCAAACAGAUGAAGCCUAAAUAUCAUGUUUUGAGCAGUGUACUUUUUCAAGUGGGAUUGUCGCUUUCCAACACCGUAGGCGCAAUCUGUGGUGGUGCUAUAUACAGUAUGACGACGGUCGGUUUCAUAGGUCUUUGUAUCGGGUUAUCUGUUGUUGCAUUUUUACAAUCUCUAACGUUGUGGAAUUCUAUGAAGCUGAAGUUGCAUUAAGUAUGACUCGUCAUCUACGUGUUUGACAGAAUAUUGUGAUUAUCCUGUCCUUUAUAAGCCUUUGGCUAAUGUUGAGAUAUGGCUUAGGAAAAAGUUUUUGGAAGUAAAAAAAUAUUUACAAACAUUUACUUGAUGCAUACAUCAUAGCACUAUGGCUGUCGGGAUAUGACGCGAUUGAAAUGAAAGGGUUGUUUGUGAUUUCGGGUUUGUACAAUUUUCCAAGCUGAAGCAGUUAACGAAGGCUCUCUUGCCUAAGCGUUUUCUAUUUCUAAACAUGUGUCGUUGACGAAGUAGAAUUAUUAUCAUAUCCAUAGGAGGCCGCUAAUUAAAAUCAUGUUACAAUAAGGGACGUGAGCAUAACACACGUAUCAUCUAUCCUUCUUUUACAUGUGAAGUCUUUAAUCAGGCGAUUCAUGGUUGAUGAUUUAUAGGUUCAUGGAGCCUUAAAAAAUAAUGCAGAGGCCGCUAAACUUAGCAAAAUUUAUAUACAUGGGGUUCAUUAGGAUUUGGUUAUGGUUUACAGGUUAUAUAUAAAAAAAAAUAAAUAAAAGAUACACUGUUUUUAGUUUUAUAUAUUACAUCUUCGUGC